UGAGUAACCAGAAAAUGACAGUGACUAAAACAAUGGAUGGGGAGAUAAUAAUCAGAUUCAUCGCUACCACCCAAUGCAGAAACAGCCCUCGCACCACGUGACGACAUUUCCUCCUACCCUCUUCCCCCCACCACCCCUCUUACCAUUUUAAACCCUAAACUCCUCCUCCCUCCCUCUCUCUCUAAGAUUCGCCUUCUCUCUCUAGAUUUUUCAUCCAUCUAGAUCGCUUUCAGCUUGUAUUUGCAGGGUGGUGUGAAAGACGUUAUUUUGGGGAUGGAGGACGGGAAAGAGCAACGGGUGGAUGAGGGGUCUGAAAAAUCUUCCCCAGAGGAGGAGGAAGUUAUAAAGAAAAAGUAUGGUGGAAUCAUUCCAAAAAAACCACCACUAAUUUCAAAGGACCAUGAACGCGCUUAUUUUGAUUCUGCUGACUGGGCACUAGGAAAGCAAGGUGUUGAAAAGCCAAAAGGACCACUUGAAGCCCUUCGGCCAAAAUUACAGCCCACACAGCAGCAAACACGAUACAGAAAGUCUCCUUGUGCUCCAGCAGAUGGUGAAGAUGGAGGAAGUCCGGCUUCUGAGGAUACAGCUGCCAACGAAUGAAGGAGCUUUUGGUGUUUUGAUCUUGUAAGAACCUCAGACUGUUAUUGUGAUACCUAAUAUUGUGCUGGGUAAUAUUCUGUUCCUGACAACAGACUUGGUGAAGAUGAUGUGAUCAUGUCUAUAAAACAUGCAUUGCCCCAACGUUACUGCCUUUGAAACUAAACUGUAACUUCUGGCGUUCCAAGUUUUGAUGCGGGACGUUAUUGCUUUUCUUAUUAACAAUGAUAGAGCUACUUACAAAAUUAAAAAAACCUAAAUGGUUAUUCACUCUUUUCAGCA